UCCCGGAUCGGAGAGCGGAGUCUCGGGGGGAAUCAUGCCGAAACUCAAACACAAAGCUGGGGAGGGAAAGAAAGGGAAGAGAAAGAAGAAGCGUGUGAAAACCGAAAAUGAAGGGGUCGUGGUAGAAAGAGCCAAAGCAAAUGCUUCGCUAUGGGAGGCACGUCUGAAGGUCACAGAAGCCUCCCGCAUGGAGUAUCGCGAAGCUGCCCAAACUCUUGCACUGACCAAUGAAAAUCUGAUGCAGAGGCGAUACCAGGUGGAAAAAGACAUGGUGGACGUUGUCGGAUUUAUGAAAAAGCAAGAAAAGGAGAAAGAUGAAAUGAUUGAAGAAUUAAAGCAUGAUAUCCUAAAACAGAAGAAAAUCUUUGAGGAAGAGCAGAAUAAAUUAGUUGAAGUAAUCUCUGCUCUAGAAAACAAAUAUAUCCAGAAAGAGAAGGAAAUGCGUGCAUUUAUGUCUGAGGUCAAAAUGGCUAAAGAAUUUAGGAUGCAGAAAGCUGAGCUGGAAAAAGAAUUAGAAGAGGUUAAGGAAAAUCUGAGAACGCAAAGUAAGGCUCACGAAGUCACUCUGAGCAUCAUGGAGAAACGCUUUAUUCAAGACAAGCAUCGUAUGAAGAUGGAAGAAGAGAAACGGAUAGUGGUGUUGGCUGAAAGUGCUCACAGCGAGGCCAUCAAGCAGCUGGGUGAGUCUGGAAGAAAUGUCUUCAAGGAAAAUGUUCAUCUAAAGAAGGAAUAUUCAUUUCUCCUGAAUGAGGUAGAGGAGUUAAAGAAAACCAAAGAAAUUCUACAGAACGAGAUAGCUCAACUUCUGCUGGACAAGGAAACCAAUGAAAUGCUAAUUAAGAAAAAGGCCUUGCAAUCAGCCAGGAAGAAAACUGAGAUACGUGACUUGCAGCAGAAUAUCAUGAGACUGGAGGCUGACCUACAGAAGACGAGUCUGGAGUUGGAUGGUCAGAUUCAGAGGAAAGAGUGUGACAUCGAAGUAGAAGCAAGGAAUGCAGAGAGGUUUCAGAAGAUGCUAGACAUGCAGGAACGGGAGAUCAACCGCAUAAAGAAGCUUAGUGCAAAUAUCCUGAGGGAACGGUCAGAUGUGGAACAUUUCUUCUUGGAGGCCCUGACCCAGGUCAAGCAAGAGAUCAUAGCCAGUAGAAGUCAUUAUCGCAGAGAGGCCCAGGCAGUUUACCAGCGCAAGAUGAAAGAUGCUGCUUCGGGGAAAGACUUGUAUCCGAAGAUUAGAACCUUUCACAACAAGGAGCACAGCACAAACGAUGUAUACCAAGAUCUCCAGGAUGCAGAGAAAUGGAACCAUCUACAAGCCGGGAAAGUUGACAUUAAGGAUUUGACCUGGGAAGAGAAAGAGAGAGUUCUCCGACUGCUGUUUGCGAAGAUGAAUAACUUACAAUCCAGGAAGAAGAGUCCAACGUUGGCCCUGAAGCUGAACACAACUGAAAGAGAAGAGCGGCCCAGGGAACCUGGUAAAAUUGAGGGUUCCGGCUCGGUUUUCCUUACCCAGAAGGACACAGAACCAAUGUUUCCUGCUUUGCUGCUGCCGGAUAUUCAGCUGGGAGCAUCCCAGAUUAGGGCCUGACAGUAAAAACAUGGCGGAAGAUUGGACCCCUUGCUUUAAAGCCUUAUUUGCAAAAGCCCUGUGUGAAGUUUCCAUCCAACAUGUUUAUCACAGAAUAACUUAAAUUAUCUUAAUUAUUAAAAGAGAAAUCAAUGGU